AUGAGUGAGAUAGUGUAUGUUUCCCCGCAGCUGUAUUUGGUAGCUGAUUCAGAGUGGAAGAGUGAUGUUGCGAAAAGAGGGUACAUACCGAUGCUGAAGGCUGAUUUGCAGACCUUUGAAAAAAUGUUGCACAACACCUCGAGACUGCAGUCAGCUCAUAUUAAGGGACCGAUAGACAAUUCAGUUCACAUCAAAACUAAUGGGAGCGCUGGAUCUUUGUUGGCGAAAGGUUCUGGCGCAAACGGAGGUUUGUUCGGAGAAAAUAAGAUGACUUCAAAAUAUGUGCCUUUGAAACAGUUUUUGCCUAUAUCAUUGGAGCAACAAUUGCAUACCAUAUCUUUGCAUAAAGUACCGUUCAACGAAUCCAAUGGUAAUGUGGAAUCAUUUAUUGCUGGGAUCCUACAAAUUGCACUUGAGGCUAAUUCUCAAUUUUUUUGUAGCAUAAAAUGUUGGACUAACAUCACGUCCCCCGGUAUCGACACCCAGGACUUGUUUGUGAGGCUUGAUAGCGGCAACGAUUUGGGGAAAUAUUCAAACUUUGUCUGUUUUUUGAAAGCUCUCGUUACCAAAGUUGGGUUGUUGGAACUGCAUUUGGAUUCGAAUACGACGAACUUUGUCAAAGAUCAUAUAACACAAGAAACAAAAAGUGAUGAUAUUCCCGAUGAAGCUGUAAAAGCAUUUAAAGGUUUGAUUGAGAAAUUGAAAGUUGCAAAUCUAGAUGGUAAUAAAGAACACGAUAAUAAUGUGGAGACUGAGUAUAAAGUAGACCUAAGAACGUUGAGCGAUAUCCCUACUGAUUCGCUGGACCAACUGUGCAAAGACAUAAAGGAGUUUAGGACAAAAGUGGUCAGUAUUGAAAGAGAAAAAAUGACGAAAGAGCAUUUUGAGGAGAGUAAACGGAUGAAACAGCAUAUGAUGAAGAUGUUCGAACAAAUUAAGAAAAGCAACAAGGACCAACUAGGUGUGGAUGUCGAAGAAAAUGUUCCUGAUGAUGAUGAUGUCGAUGAUGUGGGAGACGAUGGCGGGGACGACGACGACGUUUUGGAGAAACAAAGAUUGGACCAAGAGCGUGCAUCGUCAAACGCAAGAUACAAAGAGUAUUUGUCGACUUUGGCUUCUGUGAUAGAACCUCGCAUACAAAAACUCAAAACAGAUACUCUUCUAACGAAGCAAUAUGAAGGGCGUUUGACUGAAAAUAGGGCCCUUGCCUUGAAGGAAUUAGAGCAUACAUCUAAUGAUUUCUACUACGAUCAUCACCGAUCCUUUAAGGACGAGGAAGAGUACUUGGACUCCUUGAAUAGAGCUAAAUUUGGCGAUGUGACAGUAGUCGCGGCACAACCAAAAACGAUUAACGAGGAAAAUGUAACCAGCUCCCAAAGUUCCAAAGAAACUGAGAGCAAUCUAGAAGAGCCAGAGACAGCCGGCAAAGAGAGCUUAGUGGAGGAUGAGCACAUGAACAUUAAAAUUGCGUUCAAACGUGCGAUUGACAAGCCUAAUGAUACUGAACCAAACGAAGCUAUUAAACAAAUGACCCGUGACGAGAACACAACAGAGACAAUUCCGUUGUCGUCGAAGAUUGACGACAUAAUACCGUACAGUGGAGCUGACCUAGAACAAAGAUUAGCUAAACUGAAGGAGUCUCGAGUUGUUGACGAGUUGGUGAACGAAUACCUGGGUGUGUACGAAGAUGAACUGGUUGAGUACAUUUUUGAUAAUAUUCGGGAGAACAAGAGUAAAGAGGUUUUGUUUGAGGACCUGAAAGAAACCUUUGAUGAAGACGCAAUCAAAAUUGUUGAUACCAUUUGGAAGAGAGAAGAAUUCCACUAG